UGCAACCGGAGAAGUCGUGCAGCAGGCGUCGUCUUCCCUGGCGGCCGUCGUCUUGACCCUCUGCAGCCUCCUCGCCAGCUGAGCAAGCCUCUUGGAAUGUAUCAUGGCUGGUUCUGGUUGUUCUUUGGUUCUCAGAAUCUAAGGGGACAAGGCCAUUGGCUUGAUGCGUGCAAUGGUGUCCCCAACGGGAGGCAGCGAGAUUCAGAUUAGAAUUUUGCUGGGGCCAUCACUUGGUGCACUGGGGAAGCAAUGGUAGUGGAUUAGUAGCUGUUCUAUCAGAUACAUGCUACAGUCUCUGCUGCUGAACUGGGCAGAGGUUUUAUGCAACCAUCCAAGGUCCAGCCUUUAUGGAUGUGCUAAAUUCACUAACUAUUCAGCUCACCUUCCUGUAUCAAGAUAUUUGGAGAUAAGCAAGCUGACAUCUGAAGACGAAGGUUCGUCGAAUCUUCCUGAGCAGAUCGAUUCAGGGACAGGGUAUCACAAUACCAGAUGCAAGAUGCACUCAUGUAUCCAAAUCAACUUUUUUGGAUGGGACACGAGAAAAAGAGGGCAAACUGAGCGCGACGGCCAGCCGCCGGCGCAGUAAAUCGGGAGCGCGCAUCACAUCCGGCAUCUGGCACUUUUUCUUGUUGAUUGAUAAUGACAAUCUAUAUCUAAUCAUCCCCGUGCCCUCGCUAAGAAAAAAACGAGAAAAAAAAUCGGCCUUUGGGGGCCGGAGAUUAAAACUCCGGACCCCCUUUGCCCUCGCUCAAAAAGGAAUCCGAAUUUACUCACGUAGAGCAAACCAUAGAAUGGAAUUUUUUUUCGGGAAUACGCAAAAGGAUUGCGCACUUUUGUAUUAAAAGAAAUAAAAUUUACACGAAAGGCAAAACAAAGAAAA